AUGAGUCCACCGGCGCCAAUUGAUGUUGACCUUGUCGGUGUCACUGAUACCUCGUCUGUCCCUGUGCCAGAUCCUUUGACAGUCAACGGUCUUUCAGGAUGGCGCGAGAAGAUGACAAAGAUUCCCCUUGGGGUCGCUGCAGCCUGUAGCAGUGAUAUGUUCAAGAGCCCGGCUUGCUAUACGAAGCCGAAGGCGAAGAACUUUGAUCGUAUGUCAUGGUCCGCGAAUGCGACAGAUUUCGGGGUUUCAUCUGACGCAGUGUAUACAGAUCUCUUGUCACUUGAGGCGAAGUCUCGUCAGGCCUCAACGUUGAAGGGUGCAGCCCGUUAUCUCAAAAAUCCAGGAAUCAUCUCGCUUGGUGGUGGCCUCCCCUCUGCGGAGUACUUCCCCUUUGAAUCAAUCGAUAUCAAAGUCCCCAACCCCCCUGGCUUUUCCCCGGAAGCCACACAACAAUCUGGCGCAGUCUUGCACGCUGGGAAGCACGACAUCCGAGACGGCAAAAGUCUCUAUGAUCUGGAGAUCGCUCUGAACUAUGGCCAGGCUACAGGCUCAGCACAAAUUUUGAGAUUUGCCACGGAGCAUACUGAGAUCAUCCACAACCCCCCUUACUCUGACUGGCAAUGUACUAUGACCUCUGGUAGCACAUAUGCCUGGGACACGGCACUUCGCGUUCUGACCGAGCGAGGCGACUACAUCCUCAUGGAGGAGUACACAUUUUCAAGCGCGGCUGAAACAGCCUUUCCACUUGGUGUCAAGACAAUUGGAGUUCCUAUUGACGCACAGGGACUGAUUCCGGAAGCUAUGGAUGAAAUACUUAGCAACUGGGACGAGAAGGCUCGUGGCGCUCGCAAGCCUCAUGUUUUGUACACUAUCCCUACUGGCCAGAACCCGACAGGUGCUACUCAGUCCGCGGAACGCCGCCAGGCCGUGUACAAGGUUGCUCAGAAGCACGACAUUUACAUCGUGGAGGACGAGCCGUACUACUUCUUGCAGAUGCAACCAUACGUGGGACAAGGCGCUGCCCCUCCUCCGCCACCUGCCAAUCACGAUGAAUUCAUCAAGUCCCUGGUCCCAUCAUUCUUGAGUAUGGAUGUUGAUGGCCGCGUGUGUCGCUUGGAGUCCUUCUCCAAGGUCAUUGCUCCUGGCAGUCGUGUUGGAUGGAUCGUCGCUUCUGAGCAAAUGGUCGAGCGAUUUGUCCGCACAUUCGAGGUCUCCUCACAAAAUCCCAGCGGUAUUUCUCAGGUCGUUCUCUACAAGCUUCUGGAUGAGCACUGGGGCCAUACCGGCUACUUGGACUGGCUGAUUCACCUGCGCCUGGAGUACACCAACCGUCGGGACGCUUUGCUUCAUUCUUGUGAGAAGCAUCUGCCGACUGAAAUUGCUCACUGGGUAGCCCCGGCAGCAGGCAUGUUCCAUUGGAUUGAGAUUGAUUGGAAGAAACAUCCUGGAGCCGCUGCCGGCAAGUCACGAGAGGAAAUUGAGGAGGCAAUUUUCCUUUCCGCUGUGGACAAUCAAGUCCUCCUCUCGUGUGGAAGUUGGUUCAAGGCCGAUCGCUCGGCCGUCAUGGACAAGAUGUUCUUCCGUGCCACAUACGCCGCUGCCUCGUCAGAGAAGAUCGACGAGGCCAUCGCUCGUUUCGCGAAAUGUCUCCGCGAUCAGUUUAGCCUCUAG